UCAUGCACUAGGUAGUUUGUGAUGUAAUUUCACUGCAGAUAUAAAUAUCGUCGGCAAGGGAAAAGUGGCAUGGCUGAGCGCGGCUAGCAUAUUGACGGUCAACAUUUUUUUUCCAACUUUUGUGUGAAAGCAAAACAGCUGUCUAUCUCCAGAGAGGAAUCCCACUGAGCGCGACUUCAUGCCGCUCACUUGGGUUGAACUUACCUCUGUCCGUGGUUAAUCUAUUUUGGCAUUUGUGCGUCUUUUUGGCUGUCAACACAAAGAAAGACGACUCAACUCUUUCCGACACUCACCUGUGUCCAUGCUGGUCAGAAGGAUGAGUGUUCAAUCGGCCCUCUUACCAAUACUGGUUCUGGGACUUGUGACAAGCUCAGUGCGCUGCGCUCCGCUGCCCGGCAGACAGAGCGGCCCCGUGGAGCGACGCUGGGAGACACUCUACUCUCGAUCUUUAGCUCGAAUCCCCGGGGAAAAGAGAGACAUCAGCCGGGACAGUGAUUAUCUUACGGGCAUCAAAAGACUUCGACGUCUCUACUGCAAUGUUGGCAUUGGGUUUCAUCUCCAAGUAUUACCGGACGGUAGAAUUACCGGCGUGCACAACGAAAACCGCUACAGUCUUCUCGAGAUAUCUCCGGUGGAAAGGGGAGUUGUGACACUGUUUGGCGUCCAGAGCGGUCUAUUCGUGGCCAUGAACAGCAAAGGGAAGCUAUACGGAUCUGUGCAGUACAAAAAUGAAUGCAAAUUCAGAGAAAAUCUCCUUGCAAACAACUACAACGCGUACGAAUCGUUGGCGUAUCCUGGGAUGUACAUUGGACUGAGCAAGACUGGCAAAACAAAAAAAGGAAAUCGAAUAUCAACAGCCAUGACGGUGACACAUUUCUUGCCUAGAAUCUGAGCUCAUUUGGAGGGGUGCAAAUGUAGGAACGCGGACGAUGCACUUUCUACAGAGGUUACCUAAAUAUGAGGUUGAGUGUAUCGUGUCAUGUAUGUAUAUAUUAGACUAUUUAUAACUGUCGAUUUUUUAUUGCAUCACCACGUGGAAGAGAAAACAAUUACUUUAUUUGUUAUUUGUUAAUUUAUCCUCGUUGCUGCUACUGUACAUGUUUAUCUACAAGUGAAAUUCCUUCAAUGUACACAUUAUGUUUUUGCACUGUUUUUUUUUUUGCCGUUCUAAAACGACCGUUUUGGAGAGGUGGUAUUUGUCCUUCAUUGGAAAGCAUAUCUGAAAGUCUUAGGUCAAGCCUCCAACUCGUUAAGGUGUAUCAGCCUCCACAGUAUUAGCACUGGAGCAAUUGUCCAAUAUCUGAGCUCUUUUGUGCAGAGCUCGAUCUUACUGAAGCAGUAUCGGCUUACUUUAGCUUACUGAAGUUCUACCCCUUCAAAUCUGUUUUUAGCUCUGCUGGGGGGUUGAACUUUGAACUUAUCCGCAGUCAAUCUUUGUCACAUCUCUAAGGCUCCGGGUAGAGAGAGGUAACUUCUUUAACAUUCAUAGGAAGAAAUUAAAAACUCAAAGGCACCGGUGUGCAUUGCAAUGCAUGCAAUGCAGAGACUGUACCCUGAGCCCCUUUUAAAAAUCAUUGCUUUACAAUGCCAAGUUCAAGUCAGUCUUCUAUGUGGCAUAGGGCGGAUACAGGUGUCUAGGGGGAACCAAAAGAUCAGUAUUCUUCUAAGGGGGUAUACAUGUAAACAAAUAGUUAUAGUGUUGUGGUGUAAGUCACCUUAGAGUUUACUGUAAAAACAAUGUCACAACAUCCACAGUAAGUUACAAGCAGGCAUAUCAAGGCUUAUUAAGUCGUUUUCUACCUCAUGCAUUUUCCAACUGAUUAAAAAUCAGCUGAAUGUUUAGGUCUGAGUCUUCUGAGGCUACUGCCUCUCUGUGAAGAUCAGGCAGCCAUUGCGUCCUAGUUGCGCCUUGUCACGUUUGAGCUAUCUUUACCCUGUGAUUUACUUUUAGAAAGUAUAAUCAUGUUGGAAAUAUUUGCAGACAGCUGUUAGACUAUACUAUAUGCUCAAGCAGUAACCCUAUAUUUUUUCUUUAUAGAUUUUGUAAACAUAAUAUGGUGUAAAACUGAGAUGCUGCUUUUAAAUCUGGUAUUUCGUGCAGGUAAAGUAAAUAUUACGAUAUACAUUCAUGCAGGGAAAAAUAAGCUUUCCACCUUAAACAAUUUCAAAAUAUAUUUGCAAGAUGUUAUGUUAAAAAAAAGCAUUCCUUAUUGUCAUCAUCACGGCUAUAGAGGCCUGCAGGUAAUUGAGGGAAUAUGAAAAUGUUCCUUUGUCGAGUCUUUCCGUAUACAUUGCAGUGAGUGUAAAACUGGGCUGAAAAUGAAUGGAGAGUCUAGAAAACUUCUUCAGAAACUUCUUUAGAAAAUGUUUCUUUUGAACACAUUUUGAUGGGAAAGUUUUAAAGAUAAAAUUGACAUCAAAAGCAUUAAACAAACACACUCUAAAAAUGUUAUUUUUUAUUUAACUGAAUGCAAUCUCAAAACCUUGUUAGUGUUUUUACAUGUGCAAAUUUGCCAUUUUUUACUUUACGUGCGCUACACGGAUGUGCACAUCAGUUCGUUUCAGGUGAUAACUCUGAGAUCCCUGAACUAAUGCUGGAGAAGUUUGCUCUGUAUUUCUCCCUUUUUCACAACCGUGACAAACCUCUUUCCAAAUGAACAUGAUUUGCAUCAGUGUGGAUGUUGUUUAUAAUAGACAGAAUGGCCACCGAAGGCAAAUAGCUUCACUGACCCUCAUCACAAUGUAGACAAAUGACUGGACUUGAUUUGUUUAACCAAAAAAAAAAAAAAAAAAAAUGCAAUAUCAACAGGCAUGACCUAGUAGACCGAUGGCAAACAGACAUUCAUCGUCCUUGGCAAACAAUCUGUCACUCCAAAACAACAAAAUAGUGUCCAAAAUAAUGACACAUUUGCAGUUUGUUUGUUGUGUUUAUGAACUGGGUUGUAUGAAGUGUAUUGAAAUAAACUAUAAACCAUUUCUCUGUCAAAUUCCCAUAAGUCUUAUCAUCCAUUAACUGCCGGUUGUAUUUGCAUCCAAGGCAGAGCUCUAUAGCAGUUGGGCUGAUGUAUGAUUUCUGUAGUAGUGUGAUCUGAAUCCUGUUGACAUUUACCAAAUAUUGUCUGUAGUUUUAUACAGGUCCUGUUAAAUAUUGUGAUGUAUGUGCUGUGCACAUGAUGAUACCCUAACUUAAAUGGAAGUUAAUAAAUA